UAAUUUUGUACCAAAAUAAAUCAAAAUUUAGCGCCACCUAUCGGACAAAACCUUAACCAAACCAAAAAAAUGUGUCAAAUUUUGAAGCCGAUCAAUUUAUGUAUUUACAUUCAAUUUUAAAACCACAAUCUAAAAAUGGAUGUAACGCUACAAAAAAGAUGCGCAAAAUUAGUUUACGUAAUCCCGGAAGGUUUGCGGGAAUUAAUGAGCGAUAUUUCAAGAGAAGUUCUUAGAAGCCAACCAGAACAUUUCUACGAAUUUAUAGCCGAUUAUCUUGAUGCUUUGAUGAUCACAAGAGAAAAUGCAAGAGUUGCUGCAAGAUUGGUUGAUAGCAUCAUACAAAUUGCAACGAUGACCGUUGAAUUACUACAACAAACUGGGAUGAGUAGAGAUGAAGCUGAUCGAAUGGCAAAUAUCAUUCAAGAUGCUUUUAAGAGAUAUAUGGCUAUAAAACAAGAACCGGUUGUUUAUGCUUCCGUUCAGGAUGAAGAAGAAGAAGAACACCAAUUAAUCAUCGAUAUUCUCCAUCAAUUUGGAGAUUAUUUCGACCAAGAUAACGCAGCAAUACCAAUUAUUCAACGAGCUUUCAGAGAAUUUAAACUUCGUCAUUUGCGCGAACGACAAAUGUUAGCUGGAAUAGUUGAUUGGCGAGUAGCAGCAAGAAGCGCUAUUUACCUUUACAGACACACCGGGGUUACUAUGGAAGAAGCAAACCGUGCCGCAACUUUAAUCAAAGCCGCUUACAAAGGUUAUUAUACCCGAAGAAUUAUGAGGCGAUUACUUGAAGAAGGACAAAGAGUAUACGAGGAACAAGAAGAAAUGGCUCAACAGGAACGAAUGAAAUCGCGUAGCGCAGAAGAAUACAGCGAAAGUGAAGAAGAAGAAGCAGAAGGAGCAGAUGUUUCUGAUCGACCGUCGUUUAUCGCAUUAGGUGUAUUACAAGAUGUUUUAAAGAUAGUUGUUCCAGAUGAUCAAAUUCAAACUGCGCCUCCAGUUUCUGCAGUUGAAGAUGAUUUAUAUGGGGAAGAUGCGUUAACUACUAUGGCUACUUCUGAAGUCACAACGGAAGCACCUCCAUUAACUGAAUCGGAAGGAGAUGAAGGUGGGGAAACUGAUGAAGGUGGUGGAGGACAAGGAGGGGAACCACCAGCUGAAGGAGAUGUAGCUCCAGCUGAAGGUGAAGCACCAGCUCCCGCUGAAGGAGAAGCUCCAGCUGAAGGAGAAGCGCCAGCUCCAGCUGAAGGAGAAGCACCAGCUCCCGCUGAAGGAGAAACACCAGCUCCAGCCGAAGGAGAAGCUCCAGCUCCCGCUGAAGGCGAAGCAGCACCUCCAGCUGAAUGAGAUAAAAAUUUAUAAGAAAAUUUUUUUAUUUAUAUUUAUUCUAAUAAUCCUUUUACAAACAAA